UUUAAUCCAACACCGCCACACGCCAAGCGUUCAAACUUUCCGAAGAAGCGCUUCAAGUAGGAAGGAAGAACAUGGGAUGGAUCGGAGACACCGUGGACUCUGUCAAGUCCGUUCAGAUCAGAAAAGCUCUCUCCCAGGCCGUCAAUCUUGGAGUAAUUGUUACGUUGGCGCUAAUUAUAUGGAAAGGACUAGUGUGUAUAACUGGUAGUGAAUCACCUGUUGUGGUUGUGCUCUCUGAAAGCAUGGAACCUGGCUUCAGAAGAGGUGACAUUUUGUUCUUGCAUAUGAGUAAGGAUCCCAUUCGUGCAGGAGAAAUUGUCGUGUUUAAUAUAGAUGGACGUGAUAUUCCGAUUGUCCACAGAGUAAUUAAGGUUCAUGAGCGGCAAGAUACUGGAGAAAUUAAUGCCCUCACAAAAGGAGACAACAAUGAUUGGGAUGACAGGUCGGGGUUGCUGUAUGCUCAAGGCCAACUUUGGUUGCAACAACGCCAUGUCAUGGGGAGAGCUGUUGGGAUCUUGCCUUAUGUUGGUUGGGUGACAAUUAUCAUGACUGAGAAGCCCAUAUUCAAGUACAUACUUGUAGGCGCAUUGGGAUUGCUGGUCAUAUUCUCAGACGAUUAGGGAUACAAAUUUCCAGUUUCACUACAUGGUUCUGACCAUACAAGAUUUUCCUUCCUAAACAGUGAUCCCAAAAAAAGAAGGAUAGGAGACAUAGUCAUCAUACUCAGAAUUUAUAGAUCGGAGUACCCUUCCUGUUCUGUAAACUGACUCUCAACACAUAAUGUUUUAUCUGCAAAUUGGAUGAAAUGUUUCUUUUGUUGAUUUAGCUCAGUGCCUCUGAUAAAAUAUGUUUUGUCUGCAAAUUGGAUUAAAUGCUUCUUAAGACAAUUAAUAUUAAU